AUGAAUAAAACACUUCGCUCUCUUAUUUUAAUAAUUUUUCUUGUCUCUAUUUUAGACUAUCCAUUACGUUCUCCAUCCAGCACCAACAUUCAUCCGAAUGCUCGAUGGCAACAAAAUGGUAUCACUGUAGCUGGAGGAAAUCGACAAGGCAAUGGAAUCAAUCAACUCUCAUACCCAUAUGGUUUGUGUGUUGCUGAUGAUCAAACAAUCUAUGUUGCUGAUGAAUCAAAUCAUCGUAUUGUGGAAUGGAAACGAGGUGCAACGAGUGGCCAAGUGGUUGCCGGUGGAAAUGGACAAGGAAGUGGAGAUCAUCAAUUGAAUAACCCAUAUGAUGUGAUUAUCGACAAAGAGAGAGAUAGUCUCAUCAUAUGCGAUUAUUGGAAUGGAAGAGUGGUUCGAUGGCCUCGUCGAAAUGGGACAAGUGGAGAAACAAUCAUCUCCAACAUCUAUUGUAGGGGUUUGACAAUGGACGAGAAUGGAUCUCUCUAUGUCACUGAUGUUGGAAAACAUGAAGUGAGACGAUAUCGAAGAGGAGAAUCUCAAGGAACAGUGGUUGCAGGUGGCAAUGGAAGUGGAAAUCGUCUCGAUCAACUCUAUUACCCACAAUACGUAUUCGUCGAUCGAGAUCAUUCAGUGUACAUAUCUGAUUGGGACAAUCAUCGUGUGAUGAAAUGGAUGGAAGGUGCAAAACAAGGCAUUGUCGUGGCUGGUGGUCAAGGAAAAGGAAAUGCUCUUACACAAUUGUCAUCUCCUCGAGGAGUCGUUGUCGAUCAAUUGGGCACUGUCUAUGUGGCUGAUUUUGGGAAUGAUCGAAUCAUGCGUUGGCCUAAAGGAGCCACACAAGGAAGUGUCAUUGUUGGUGGAAACGGUAGUGGAGAACAAUCGAACCAACUCAAUGCACCCAUCGGUUUGUCAUUCGAUCGACACGGGAAUAUCUAUGUCGUCGAUUGGGGAAAUCAUCGAGUACAAAAAUUCAAUAUCGAUCCAAAUAAGUAA